AUGGCGGACAAGGUUCUUCUCUUAAAGGAUGCUUCUACCAGAAUUCGUAUUAACAGCAUCAAAGCCACAGAGGCUUCGAAAUCUGGCCAUCCAACCUCAUGCUCGUCAAUUGCUGAGGUUAUGGCAGUGCUAUUUCUCGAUGAAAUGAAAUAUCUCCCCCUUGACCCACGUAAUCCUUCAAAUGAUCGGUUUGUUCUAUCUAAGGGCCAUGCUGCUCCCGCACUCUAUGCCGCUUGGGUGGAAGCUGGCCUUCUUAAAGAAGCUGAACUUCUGAAUUUGCGAAAAAUUGAUUGUGAUCUUGAAGGCCAUCCUACUCCACGUUUAAAUUUCGUUGAUGUUGGCACUGGUUCCCUAGGUCAAGGUUUGAGCAAUGCUGCCGGUAUGGCUUAUGUUGGCAAAAAUAUUGAUAAAGCGAGCUACCGCGUCUAUUGCAUUAUUGGUGAUGGUGAAUCGGCUGAAGGUAGCAUUUGGGAGGCAAUGGCUUUCGCUUCUUACUAUAAAUUGGACAAUCUUGUUGCCAUCUUUGAUGUCAAUCGUCUUGGUCAAAGCCAACCGACAAUUCUUGAGCAUGACAUCGAUACAUACAAACGACGCGCUGAAGCAUUUGGAUUCUAUGCUAUCGCCGUUGAUGGUCACGAUGUUUCGGCACUUCUCGAUGCCUUUAAAGAAGCUCGUUCAGUCAAAAACCAGCCAGUUGCGUUGAUUCUCAAGACUUACAAAGGUUUCGAUUUCCCUGAAAUCUCUGACAAGGAGAAUUGGCAUGGAAAGCCUCUUGGUGCUCACGCCGCUAAGGUUCUUGAGCACUUAGAAUCUAAACUUCAAAAACCUUCAACACUUGGUGUAUUGAAGCCUCCGGCACCUGUUAUAGAUUGUAACCCAUUAGAACUCAUUGGCACUCUUAAGAUGCCCUCUCCACCUCCUUACCAAAUUGGUCAAAAGGUAGCAACUCGCGAGGCGUAUGGUAGAGCUUUGGAGCGACUCGGUACCGCGAACUCGCGUGUGAUCGGUCUAGAUGGUGAUACGAAGAAUUCAACAUUCUCAAUUUAUCUGCGUGAUGCUAGACCUGAUCAAUUCAUAGAGUGCUUUAUUGCUGAACAAAACCUUGUUGGUGUGGCAAUUGGUGCUGCUACUCGUCAACGCACCGUUCCUUUCGUGAGCACCUUUGCUGCCUUCCUCUCUCGUGCAUAUGAUCAAAUCCGUAUGGGUGCCAUCUCUCAAACUCACUGCAACUUCGCUGGUUCUCAUGUUGGUGUUAGUAUUGGUGAGGAUGGCCCCAGUCAGAUGGCUUUGGAGGAUUUGGCGAUGUUUAGAGCUAUCCGUGGCUCAACAGUUUUCUAUCCUUCUGAUGCCGUUUCCUGUGAGAGGGCUGUAGAAUUAGCUGCCAACACUGAAGGUAUUUGCUUUAUUCGAACUGGUCGCCCUGCAGCCCCUGUCAUCUACGGGCCUAAUGAACACUUUGCCAUUGGUCAAGGAAAAAUCUGUCUAACUGCUUGCCCGGGCGGCAAAGACCACGUAACGGUUGUUGCUGCAGGUGUGACUCUCUUUGAAGCCUUUAAGGCUGCUGAGGAAUUGAAGAAAGAGUGUGUCAAUCUUCGCAUUAUUGAUCCUUUCACUGUCAAGCCUAUUGAUGCUGAGCUAAUCGCCAAGUCUGUUAGAGACACUGAAGGACGCGUUCUCACUGUUGAAGACCACGCACCCGAAGGUGGUUUAUCUGAGGCCGUAGCUCUUGCACUCGGUGAAAAGCAGGUGCCUUUCAAACUGAAGGUGCUUGCAAUUCUUGAGGUGCCCCGUUCUGGCAAGCCUGAUGAACUCUUGGCCAAAUACCGCAUCAAUGCACAAGCUAUUUGCGAGGAAGUACGCAAGCUCAUGAAGGCCUAA